AUGAUUUUUUUAAAGCAAUUACUUAAAAACCAAACCAAAUUAAAUUUCGUUAAAGCUACACCAUUAGUUUCACAACAACAAUCAAACAAUCAAAUUUUAAACAAAAAUGAAAAAUCUUUAGUUGUAGUAUUAGGGUGGCUAGAAGGUAAAGAAAAAGAUGUAAAUAAGUAUACUCAAGAUUGGGCAAACCAAGGAUACAACACUUUAACAAACUACUAUCCACUAAUAGAUGUAGUGAUACCACCAAUCAUGACUCCUAAAUCAUUAAUUAUAUUAGAUAAAAUCAAUGAAAUUGUUAAAGAUGAUCCAAAAAUUGACAGUUUAAUAUUUCAUGUUUUAUCUAAUGGGGGUGCACUUUAUUAUUCAAGAACUUUACAUUUCAUAGAAACUGAUGAAAAAUAUAAGCAUUUGCAUAAAUUUAUAAAAGGUACACUUUUAGAUUCGAAUCCUUCCACUGAUACUACUGGUGUUAAGCAAGCAUUGUCACUUGCAGCUCCAAAUGAUUUUAUAAAACAAUUAUUAAUGAAACUUUAUCCAGUAAUCAACUUUAUGUUAUCAAGAGAUUUUUUCAAAUAUUUUAAAAUAAUUUAUAGUCCCAAAAACAAAUGGAAUCAUUUAUUUAUAUAUAGCAAGAAUGAUGAAAUUAUAAACUAUGAACAUGUAAAUUCAACUAUAAAUAAAUUAAAAAAUAAUAUCAAAAAUGAAAAAUUAAUAGAUUCAAUUUGUUUUGAUAAAUCAGCUCAUGUUAAUCAUAAAAGAUUAAAUAAAGACCAAUAUAAUAAUAAAUUUUUGGGUUUCAUAAAUAAACUUCAAAAUAUUUAA